UUAACCAGUCAGUGAGCAAUGAACUGAAUAUUGGGGUAGGAACCUCCUUCUGUCUCUGUACUGACGGGCAGCUUCAUGUCAGGCAAAUCCUGCAUCCUGAGGCUUCCAAGAAGAAUGUAUUAUUGCCUGAAUGCUUCUAUUCCUUUUUUGAUCUUCGAAAAGAAUUCAAGAAAUGUUGCCCUGGUUCACCUGAUAUUGAUAAACUGGACGUUGCAGCAAUGACAGAGUAUUUAAAUUUUGAGAAGAAUAGUUCAGCCUCCCGGUAUGGAGCCUGUCAAGUUGAAGAUAUGGGAAAUAUAAUUUUAGCAAUGAUUUCAGACUGUUAUAAUCACAGGUUUUCAGAUCCAGAAAGAGUAAAUUACAAAUUUGAAAGUGGCACUUGCAGCAAGAUGGAACUUAUUGAUGACAACACGGUAGUCAGGGCGCGAGGUUUGCCAUGGCAGUCUUCGGAUCAAGAUAUUGCAAGAUUCUUCAAAGGACUCAAUAUUGCCAAGGGAGGUGCAGCACUUUGUCUGAAUGCCCAGGGUCGAAGGAACGGAGAAGCUCUUGUUAGAUUUGUGAGUGAGGAGCACAGAGACCUAGCACUCCAGAGGCAUAAACAUCACAUGGGGACCCGGUACAUUGAGGUUUACAAAGCAACAGGUGACGACUUUCUUAAAAUUGCUGGUGGUACAUCCAAUGAGGUAGCCCAAUUUCUCUCCAAGGAAAACCAAGUCAUUGUCCGCAUGCGGGGGCUCCCGUUCACGGCCACAGCUGAUGAAGUGGUGGCCUUCUUUGGACAGCACUGCCCCAUCACCGGGGGGAAGGAAGGCAUCCUCUUUGUUACGUACCCAGAUGGUAGGCCAACAGGGGAUGCUUUUGUCCUCUUUGCUUGUGAGGAAUAUGCACAGAACGCAUUGAGGAAGCAUAAGGACUUGUUGGGUAAAAGAUACAUUGAACUCUUCAGGAGCACAGCAGCUGAAGUUCAGCAGGUGCUGAAUCGAUUCUCCUCGGCCCCUCUCAUUCCACUUCCAACCCCUCCCAUUAUUCCAGUACUACCUCAGCAAUUUGUGCCCCCUACAAACAUUAGAGACUGUAUACGCCUUCGAGGUCUUCCCUAUGCAGCCACAAUUGAGGAUAUCCUGGACUUCCUGGGGGAAUUUUCCACUGAUAUUCGAACUCAUGGGGUCCACAUGGUAUUGAAUCACCAGGGCCGCCCAUCAGGAGAUGCCUUUAUCCAGAUGAAGUCUGCGGACAGAGCAUUUAUGGCUGCACAGAAGUGUCAUAAAAAAACCAUGAAGGACAGAUAUGUUGAAGUCUUUCAGUGUUCAGCUGAGGAGAUGAACUUUGUGUUAAUGGGGGGCACUUUAAAUCGAAAUGGCUUAUCCCCACCGCCAUGUAAGUUACCAUGCCUGUCUCCUCCCUCCUACACAUUUCCAGCUCCUGCAGCAGUUAUUCCUACUGAAGCUGCCAUUUAUCAGCCCCCUGUGCUCUUGAAUCCACGAGCACUGCAGCCCUCCACAGCAUACUACCCAGCGGGCACCCAGCUCUUCAUGAACUACACAGCGUACUAUCCCAGUAUGCAACCGAGGAUGGACUUGUACACACAAAUGACCAGGCCAGGACUCUAUCCAAAGAAUGGGUUUGUAUUUAAGGGCCCCAGCAGUUAGACCAUCCUCAGAAAAGAAGUGUUUGAAAGAUGUAUGAUGAUCCUGAAACCUUCAGACAUAAGACAACUUCUAGAAACUUCAGGAGAAGUUUGUCUACACUCAGGCUGCAGUAUUUUCAGCAAACAUGAUUGGACAGUGGGCCUGUGCCCUAUCUUUCGGUGGAAUGAAAAAUGUGAGCCAGUGAAGCCAAAUUCUUAUUGCAAGCAGCAUGCUUGGCUCCUUGCUGAUUGCAAAUAGGCAUUUAAAAUGUGAAUUUGAGAUGGGGUGUCUCCAUUACUACCAGCUAACGUGGCAUCAUAGAUGUUUCCUAAGUUUUAAGUCUUUGGGGGAAAAUAUACUCCACUAGCAUCUACCAGGAACUUUGUUAUCGAAGUUUCAUUUUUGUGUGCUCACACUCUUUUCUCCCCAUCUCCCUAUCUUGUGCACAAUCACGUGCUCUUCCUAAGUAACUCAAGAAUAAGGUCUUGGAAUACUUAAGUCACAAACUUAGAAAAAGAAGUAAAACUAGUAUUUUCCUAGUCUCUUAGCCAUCACAGUGUCUUACAGUUAAAAGCCACUGAAAACUAUUUUAAAAACACCUUGUAAUAAAUGAGAAGAAAUGGCACAUCCACUGCAAAACAUACAUAGUUAAAAAGUUGGAUUUUUUUCUCAGCAGGUAUCAGUUGUAAAUAAGAAUGAACUAGGGGCCAAAAUGCAAAACCAAAAAUGAAGCAGCUACGUGUAGUUAGUAAUUUCUAGUUUGAAUUGUAACUGAAUGUUGUGGCUUCAUAUGUAUUAUUUUAUAUUGUACUUUUCCCAUUAUUGAUGGUUUGGACUUUAAUAAGAAAUUCCAUAGUUUUUAAUAUCACAAAAAUGAGACUAUUUGAACAGUGUAUUCUAGAAAGCAAUAUACUAACUAAAGUGAAUGCUUGUAUAUAUUAAGAUAGCCUGAAACCUUUUUUCUCUAAUGCCUUAACUGUCAAAUAAUUAAAACUUUUAAAAGCGUAGGGUUAUAGUCAGCAUGCUAGACUGAGAGGUAAACACUGAUGUGGUGAGAAGAGGUACCGAUGCUGUCAGUGUUUCGCACUAUGUGUUUAGCUGUGUUUAUGCUCCAAAAGUGCAAUAUUAGACACUAGCUAGAUAGUACUGCUGCCUCGUGUAACUCCAAAGGGAAAACAGGAUUUGAUUGAGUGCACGUUUCUUUAAGUUACUCAUUUUGUCCUUAGCUUGGAUGCAAUGCCAUGCAGAUUUAUGUGGCUGCUAUUUUUAUUUACUUUGCAUUACUUUGAUUAACACCUUGAAUGGAGAGCCAAACAUUCUCUCUUCACUGACAGCAAUGGCCCUUUAACUGCAGUAGGAAAAAGAAAAAAGAAAAAACAUUUUGUGUGAAAAUUGAUAACUGGCACUUAAGAUCAGAAAAAUAGUUCUUUAUACUUGGCUGCCUUAAGAAGCUGUCUGCCCAAUGCUCUGAAAGACUUUAAGAUAGGCAGUAAUACUACAAUACUACUGAGUUUUUGUAGAAUUGUUACAUUUGAUAAUAAAACUUGCCUGUUUAAUCUCAAAAAAAAAAAAAAAAAA